GUACCUACGCCUCCAUCUUGGCUGGAAACCCUGUUCCCCUUCUUGAGAAGCUGCUGGUGUAACAAGCCUGUGACAAAGAUGGCCAGCCUCCCAGUGACCACACCCUCUGUCUGUCUACCCUGAGGACUCCGUGGUCUCUUCCUCCUGAACAGCUGGGUUCAGAGGGGAGACCAUGCCCCCCACGGUCACGGUCCUGCUCUGCCUCGGGCUGAGCGUGGGCCUGAGGACCCCAGUGCAGGCAGGGACCCUCCCCAAACCCACCAUCUGGGCGGAGCCAGGCCCUGUGAUCCCCUGGGGGAGCCCUGUGACCAUCUGGUGUCAGGGGACUCGGCAGGCCCAGGAGUUCCGACUGGAUAAAGAGGGAACCUCAUCGCCUUGGGCCACACAGAAGCCACUGGGUCCCAGGGACAAGGCCAAGUUCUCCAUCACACAGAUGACAGAGCGCACUGCAGGGUUAUAUCGCUGUUACCAUCACAGCCCCCCUGACUGGUCAGAGCGCAGUGACCCCCUGGAUCUGGUGGUGACAGGAGCCUACAACAGUGAACCCAGCCUCUCAGCCCUGCCCAACCCUGUCGUGACCUCAGGAGGGAACGUGACCCUCCAGUGUGGCUCAGGGCAGGGAUUUGGCAGGUUCAUUCUGAUGAAGGAAGGAGAACGCAGGCCCCCCUGGACCCUGGACUCACAGCGACUCCCCAGUGGGCAGUUCCAGGCCUGGUUCCCUGUGGGCCCCGUGACCCCCAGCCACCGGUGGAGGCUCAGAUGCUAUGGCUGUUACAGGAACAGACCCCAAGUGUGGUCACUGCCCAGUGACCCCCUGGAGCUCCUGGUCUCAGGAGGCUCAGGGAAGCCCUCCCUCCUGACCCAGCAGGGCCCCAUCGUGGCCGCUGGACAGAACCUGACCCUCCAGUGCCGCUCGGACCUCGGCUAUGACAGGUUCGCUCUGUCCAAGGAGGGGGCACAGGACCCCCCCCAGAGCACUGCCCUGCAGCCCCAGGCGGGGGUCUCUCAAGCCGACUUCCCCCUGGACACGGUGCGCGGCUCCCACGGGGGCCGGUACAGGUGCUACGGGGGACACAGCCUCUCCUCCGAGUGGUCGGCCCCCAGUGACCCCCUGGACAUCCUGGUGGCAGGAUGGCUCCCUGACAGACCCUCCCUCUCGGUGCAGCCAGGCCCCACGGUGGCCUCAGGAGAGAAGGUGACCCUGCUGUGUCAGUCACAGAGCCCGAGGGACAGCUUCCUUCUGAUCAAGGAGGGGGCGGCCGAUCCCCCCCUGCGGCUCAGACCACAGCCCCGAGCUCAGCAGCACCAGGCAGAGUUCUCCAUGGGGCCCGUGACCUCCGCCCACGGGGGCACCUACAGGUGCUACAGCGCAAACCACAGCAGCCCCUACCUGCUGUCGCAGCCCAGUGACGCCCUGGAGCUCCUGGUCUCAGCCUCCCACCCUCAAGACUACACAGCGGGGAAUCUCGUCCGCAUGGGCGUGGCUGGCCUGGUGCUGCUGGUCCUCGGGGGGCUGCUGCUUCAGGCUCGAGGCAGCGAGAGGACGGCCCACGCUGCCGCCAGGAUGUGACCACAGAGAAGAGGGCACAGUUCAGAGCUGGGGAGGCAUGGAUCCCAUCCGAUGACCCAGGAAGCAGUGAAAGACACCAUGGACCCCAGGUGGGGAAAGUGUCUGCUGCGAUAGUCCAGGGGAGCAGACGUGGCUGACGAGGUUGGGGGCAGGAAAUGUGAGCUGUGUUCCCGUGGAGACGCCUCCUGAAUCCCACUGAGGGGCUGUCCCCUUUUGUCAUACAGACUCCCCCUGACUGUCCUUCUGUUCUCACCCUUGUGACAUGAGGGGCCGUCCCACGCAGCUGGUUUUAAUCCACA